CUGGCGACUUAAUGUGAGCAAUCGACUUUAGACUAAUAUUUGCCCCUUGUAUUAUCUAUCUUUGUAGGAAGCCCGAUCGCUGAAAAUGGGCGAUUUUCAGCAAGCUGAAGCAAACAACAUUGCUGCCCACAGCGUCAAAGUGCAGAGCGAUCAUUUCAGCGCGGAAAAGAAAGCAAUUUCUCAAGCUCAGCAAAGACAAACGGUUUCGGCGGCAGGAAUUUUCAACCAGGAGAAGCACAUUUCUUCGGCGACUCAAUCCAAGUUUACCUCCCACAGCAUGGUUACAUCAUCUUCCCAAAUGAGCAGUCAAUUGACAACCAUGAACGGGACCAUGAGUUUAGGCGAGAGCUUUCCGGCCUUUGAUGAUCUGGAACGGCUCGGAAGCAAUCCUGCGGAAAUUGAGAAUGCUAUUGGCAAAUACUCUAACUAUCUCAGGAACUACGUCGAUAAUCUACAGGACAUCGACAAAAACAAGAAAGCACCCAACGUGCUGAACCAAAUUAACGAAAUUAUACGACGCGCCUGGGCUGUACCGACUCAUGGACAUGAGUUGGGAGCUAGCCUGUGCGAUACAUUACGAACAACCGGAGGACUGGAUAUUCUCAUGAAGAAUUGUGUGGAUAGUGAUUCAGAUGUUCAGUUCUCGUCUGCCAGAUUGCUGGAACAGUGUUUGACCACCGAAAAUCGUUCUCACGUGGUGAAAAAUGGGCUAGAUAAGGUAGUCAAUGUGGCUUGUGUCUGUACAAGAAACAAUGCGACGGAUCAUUCGCGAGUUGGAACCGGUAUUCUGGAACACUUGUUUAAGCAUAGUGAAGAUACCUGCUCGAAUGUUAUACGUUUGGGUGGUUUGGAUGCAGUGCUAUUUGAGUGUAGAAAAAACGACGUUGAAACCUUGAGACAUUGUGCUGGUGCCCUUGCUAAUCUAUCGUUAUAUGGUGGUGCAGAGAACCAGGAAGCUAUGAUAAAUCGGAAAGUGCCAUCUUGGUUGUUCCCUCUAGCUUUUCAUCACGACGAAAAUAUCAAAUACUAUGCUUGCCUUGCCAUCGUUGUCUUAGUCGCGAAUAAAGAAAUUGAGGCCGAAGUGAUCAAGUCUGGAACGCUGAAUCUAGUUGAACCUUUUGUUACAACUCACAAUCCGUCCGAAUUUGCAAAGUCUAAUCUGGCACAUGCUCACGGCCAAAGUAAGCACUGGUUAGAAAGGUUGGUACCAGUCCUAAGCUCAAAGAGAGAAGAAGCUCGAAACCUUGCUGCUUUCCAUUUUUGCAUGGAAGCCGGAAUCAAGAAGGAACAGGGAAAUACGAACAUUUUUAAGGAAAUCGGAGCUAUCGAGCCGCUCAUCAGGGUUGCAAGCUCUCCAAACGCCAUUGCCUCCAAAUUUGCCGCACAAGCUUUGCGGCUCAUUGGUGAAGAAGUACCUCACAAGCUGUCUCAACAAGUCCCCCUUUGGUCGACAGAAGACGUGCGAGAAUGGGUUAAACAAAUAGGAUUCCACGAAUAUGAACAGAACUUUUUCGACUCUAAAGUCGACGGAGACUUACUGCUCCAACUAACAGAGGAUAACCUACAGGAAGACAUCGGUAUCAGAAAUGGUAUCAGACGGAAACGAUUCGAACGGGAGCUGCAAAACCUCAAGAAAAUGGCCGACUACAGCUCCCGAGAUUCUGACAACUUGCAUCAGUUCUUGUACCGAAUCGCACCGGAAUACACAAUUUACACAUACUCCAUGCUGAACGCUGGCGUAGAUCUCGAGUCGAUCAGAAACCUCGACGACGAUCAACUGAUUGCGGAAUGUGGCAUCAAAAACUCCAUCCACCGGACCAGAAUCCUGAACGCGAUCAAAUGCAACGAAACCAUUUCUUGCCUGUCGGCCGAGAAAAUUUCCGAAAAAAGCCUGGACGUAUUCGUGAGCUACAGGCGCAGCAACGGUUCCCAGUUGGCCAGUUUGCUGAAGGUCCACCUGGAGCUGCGCGGCUUUUCGGUUUUCAUCGACGUCGAACGACUGGAGGCGGGAAAAUUCGACAACAAUCUGCUGCAGAGCAUCCGCCAUGCCAAGCAUUUUAUCCUGGUGUUGACGCAAGACGCGCUGGACCGCUGCAUCGACGAUUGCGAAGGCAAAGAUUGGGUCCAUAGGGAAAUCGUAGCUGCCCUCAAUUCCGAAUGCAACAUCAUUCCCAUCAUCGACAACUUCCAGUGGCCGGAACCGGAGCGUUUGCCAGAAGAUAUGCGAGGCGUUUGUCACUUCAACGGGGUGCGGUGGAUUCAUGACUACCAAGAUGCCUGCGUGGACAAACUAGAGAGGUACAUACGGAAUACUACUAACCGUAAUGGUCGAUCAAGCGCUUCCUCCUUAAGAUCUGGUCAUUGAAAAUCUCCAAACUGAGUGCAGUACGUUCAUCAAACGAUCUCUUCAGUGAAGAGCACUAUGAACCGUACCAGCGAAAAGAAAAACGCAAGCGUAAAAAUCGCUCUUUCACACACACAUUGAUACUGCGCCGUACAAACAAAUUGAAAAGACACAACACUGUAACGUUGCGUUACGUUCCGUUACGGCCGCCAAAGACUGAUCUGUACCCAAUAGAAAGCGUUGAAGCGUGUGCUAACUAAAAAUACUACCCCGCAACACAAUCUCCGUUUUUCGAAAGCUAUAUGCAACCAGCUAGCAAUCUCCAUAGAAAUAUGCCGUUUUUCGUACAUAACUCUGUGUUCUGUUGUAGUUGAGGAACGUUUGUUGCUCACCGUGAGUGUCCUAAUAUCACACGCAUCUGCCAUAUGUGUGUGUGUUUUGUUGACUGGGAUAUGUCGCCGUAAUGGAAGGGUUUCACCAGGGCUUAAUGGUGUUUUAGUGAUAAGACUGUCUAGUUGGGUGACUAAUAAAGAAAUCGCGUCUCACCAAGAUGAACCGCAAAGAGAUGUCCACUGUUGGAUCAUCAACGAUGAGCGCUCUUGCCCUGAGUGUUUGGUAAAGUUUCGAACCCGCGCAAACUGAG